AUGGGAUCUACUCCUGAGGCGAAAAGGGCCGAAUCACAGGAAAACAAGAGUCAACCCACUAGUCUUCAAUAUAUGUGCAUGAAACAGUACAUGUGCGAGAAAGCAGAGGAUGACAGCAACAAAGUGGUAUGCUUAACGGUACAUCGGUUUUUUCGAAAGAUUCGAGGUGGUCUAGAGGAAGUGCAACCAUUGAAUGGAUUAGUUGGAUUAGAGGUUGAAUAG